CCAACUUGCAUUGGUGGCCCCUUUUUGGCCUUUCUACUCGACCACUUUUCUUUACUCCUUUCUUUAUAUUCCUCCAAGGCGCUGUCAGUGGGAAUGUACAAACUCCCUGCAAACCCGUCUGCAGCAGAGCAGCGGCGUAAACCCGAGACCUUCAGUGUAAAGCGAGUGCUCUGGUAUUUCCCGUGUGAAGCGGGGAGCGGCCUAAACCUGAGCGCCGCAUCGUAACCGGGGUCCGGGCCGAUGGAGGCGCGGCAGCGGCGGGCCCUGCGACGGCUGCGGGGUGAGCUGGCGGAGCAGCUGCGGCUGGAGGUGCCGCUACAGUACCUGUACCAGGAGGGGGUGGUGAACCGCAGUCUGCUGGAGGAGCUGGAGGCCGAGCCCGUGGCCGCCCGCCGCAACCUCAAGCUGCUCGACUACCUGCCGGGCCGCGGGCCGCGGGCCUUCGCCGCCUUCGUCCACUCCCUCAGGGACGAGGCCCCGUGGCUCAGCCGCCGGCUGGAGGAGGAGGAGGCGCGGGAGGACGAGGACGACGAGCCGCCGGCAGAUGAUGUGCUGUCAACCAUCUCGGACCAUGUCUUGAAUGGCGUGCCCACCGACAAGCAGUUAAAUCAUCUCUCUGGCCAAAUGGGAACAGAAUGGGAGCAGGUUGUGAUGGACCUGGGACUGAGGAGUUCAGACGUCUACCGAUGUAAAAUGAACCACCAGUACAACGUGCAGGCACAGAUCUUGGCAUCAUUUAUCGUGUGGAAGCAACGGCUGGGAAAACAAGCUACAUUGCGGAACCUGUGUACCAGUCUUACUUCAGCAGAUGUGGACCCCACAGUAAUAAAGGAUGCAUUUCAGUAAACAGUCGGGGCUGGGUUACCCACUGCUAAAAGUGAAGGGCCAGUCGUAUUUGACAGGGUGCAACAAAGGAGCAGUGAAUAGGGUGCAGCAAAGGAGACAUAAAAUGCUGCUGUAACUCAGCGGGCCAUCUCUGCAGAAAAUGGAUUGGUGACGUUUCGGGUCGGAACCCUUCCUCAGACUGAAAGAUAGAGAAGGCCAGAACGAAAUAGGGCCGGCAACAGAUGACCUCAGGAAGGGUGGAGCCCACAAUGGCCCAUUGCUGGUUGGGGAAGGAUACAAGGACGCGAACAGUAGAACUAGUGGAACGACUGGGGGGGGGGGGGGGGAGAGAAUGCAGGAGUUACUUGACAUUAGAGAAAUCAACAUUCAUAGAGCUGGGUUGUAAGCUGCCCAAGCAAAAUAUGUUCCUGUAAUUUGCGUGUGGCCUGACUCUGACAGUGGAGGACGCCCAGGGCAGAAAGGUGAGGAUGGGAACAGGAACGGGAGUUAAUAUAUUUGGCAACCAAGAGAUCGCGUAGGCCAAGGCGGAAUGAGCAUGUGUUCAGCGAAACGAUGGCCAAGUCCGCGCUUGGUCUCGCUGAUAUAGAACAGUCCAUACUGGGAACACCAGAUACUGUAGAUGAGGUUGGAGGAGGUGCAGGUAAAUCUCUGCUUCACCUGAAAGGACUGUCGGGGUCCCUGGAUGAAUUCGAGGCAAGAAGCAGAGGACAGUGAGCAGUGUUGGCUGGUGCUUUGCUUUGGUCUCCUCUCUGAUAUUCAGAAACUUUUAAAACAGUAAAAAGUAAAAGUAUAUAAUGAAUAUUUAGUCAGAGAGUGGUUACUCGGGAAUUAAUUGCCACAGACGACUGUGGAGGCCAAGACAAUCGUUAUUUGUAAGGCAGAGAUAGAUGUGUGAUUAGUGUGGGUGUCGGGGGUUAUGGGGAGA